GAAACAAAACGAAGUCGAGGCGAGAGUCGGUGACAUAGUACAGCGACACGUCAACCACACGGAAGAAGGUGCCCAUCCAGCCUGACACAGAAUCGCUGAUUGAAGGGCCGUAGUCUUAUCGAAAUGGGUGGUUUCUUCUCUAAUCUCUUCUCGGGCCUGUUUGGCACCAGGGAGAUGAGGAUCCUGAUCCUGGGGUUGGACGGUGCAGGAAAAACGACUAUUCUGUACCGGCUGCAGGUUGGAGAAGUGGUCACCACAAUCCCCACGAUCGGCUUCAAUGUCGAGACAGUCACGUACAAAAAUCUGAAGUUCCAGGUGUGGGAUCUGGGUGGACAGACAAGUAUCAGGCCUUACUGGCGAUGUUAUUACUCAAACACCGAUGCGGUCAUCUACGUCGUUGACAGCAGCGACCGCGACAGGAUGGGCAUCUCAAAGUCUGAGUUGGUGGCCAUGUUGGAGGAGGAAGAGCUGAAGAAAGCUAUCCUGGUGGUAUUUGCAAAUAAGCAGGAUAUGGACCAGGCAAUGACGCCUGCUGAGGUGGCCAACUCUUUGGGCCUCCCCGCCCUCAAAGACAGGAAAUGGCAGAUCUUCAAGACCUCCGCCACAAAGGGCACAGGUCUUGAUGAGGCAAUGGAAUGGCUGGUGGAAUCUCUGAGGAGUCGGCAAUAAAGGCUCCCACCCCUUCUGUAUAUACUCCUGACCUAUGACCCUUCGGUAUAAAGCCUUGUGACUGACCUUUCCCUUCAUCCCACUGGACCCCUGAUUGCACUCCUCCUCCCCACCAACCCACUUGAAGCCUUGGCCAAGCCCUCCUAAUUCCUAACGCCUUUCAAGCCUGGGAUGUGUGAAGGCUGCAGUAACGUCUGGACCGGGUACACACUCCCAGUGCUGGUGGCACGAGUGAGGGUGUUAGAGAGAUGUACGACUUCAGUGAUGGACAAGUUAGUAUCUACAUUUUUGUAUUUUGGAAAUGCAAAGAUCCGCCCGUGAAAAGGCGUGUUAAAUGUUGCUAAUUUUACAAUUGAAGUGUCAACACUGAAAUAUGUUAUCGUGGAUUACGAGGAAUCUAUAAAUAAGUCUCCUUGGAAAGCCCAUCCACUCUAAUCCUCUAGCGUUCUUGAAAUCGGGUGUCUUUGCUGGACAAUGCAUCAGUUAGCUUCAUGCUCUCCCACAAGAGUUGAAUAGUUCUCGUGUAGUGCAGCCACAAGAUGAUCCGUAGUCGAUGGGCACCCACGUGAUCCAUCGGGAGGCAGUAUUUCCCAUAAAGGCACAGACGUCAUCGGAGGUUCCUCAGUACAGACUGCAGUCCUGCUCCUGAACUCAACACCCAGAGGACACAUCAUCACUAAGAAGAAGAAGCAGCUGCUUAAUUGCCAACUCAUUAGACAGUUUUGUAUCAUAUGCUGGACUAGCCAUACCUCUGUGUGAACAAUCAACCGGCUUGUAGAAAAUGUUCUGGUUUAUUUGUGAAAAUUGCUAAUUUGGCCUCUAACCGUGAAAAACAAGUGCUACCCAUCCACUACAUGUCCUCUGGACAAGUGUUACUGCAGCCUGGGCUGUUUUUGUACUAUAUCGUCAGGCAGAUACAAUGUCAUGGAUUUCUAUGGUUUUUCUUCCUCCUGUUUAUUUGUGUUCUCUUUUUAAAACAAAUAUUAUAAUAAUAAUAAUUACAAAGCCUUUUUCCAUUGAAAUUCUUGAAUGCGUCUUUGGCAUAUUAGUCAUUUAGUUACUGAACAUUAACUGUACGCUCAAAGUUUUAUGGUUGCAUAUUUAUAUCUGCUUGUACAGUGCAAAUGAUUCUCAGUAAAGAUUGCUAUCAGUGAUUGUACAAUUCUGUGUUGACGAUCUCGGACAUCUCUGAGAACAAAAAGGUUCAACUGCACGGGAUCCAAAUCUGAGGACAAUUCUACAUUGUGUUCACAGCGGGGAAAUAAAAUGUAGAGGUCAACGGA